AAGAUCAAGCGACUCAUAAACUGAGGAUGACCGUUGGUUCUGUUUACAACGAGGGACGGUUUCCUAUCCCUCCAAAGUUUGACUUCAGGCAGUUGCCCUUAAGGGGAAGGAAGGUGACUGUGAUAUCAUUCAUUGGAGACUACGACAUAUUUUUUGGUGAAUCUCAGUUCAUCAACAUUUUCAGCUACACUGGGAAAGAAUUUCCUGUUUCGGUAAUAUAUUUAUCUCUGGUUUACUCUCCUUCAGGAACUGUCUAGGGUACUUAUUAUAAAGUUCAUCUCAUCUUUGCACCACAGAAUUAUAUUGAAGGGUAUUAUGACUGUGAAAAUCAAGUCAUAUUUUUGGUUCUUAACCACCUGGAAAUAGAAAGUCUAUUCAGAGGCCAUGAAAACGGUUCUCGGACAUUUGAGAAAUUACUGAAACGCUUCGACUAUACGCUCCUGAAACUCCUAUACUUCAUGUUUGUUGUGUCACACUUUAUUGUUGUAAGUAUCUUUGAAAAACUAAUGGAAUUAGAUUACCAGUAUAGGAACCAACUUAAAUCCUAAUUACGUCCGGGUCUUCAAGUUGCUGGAGAAGAUGAGGUUAGUGAAAACUUAGCAAGUAAGCUUUUAGGAUACGACUUCGUCACUCGCUUGAUCUUUAUACUCGUGACCUUCCAUUGCCUCGAGAUUGGUUGAACAAUGGACGUGCUUCUAUCCCUAGGCUUCUGUUUGUUUUCAAACUUCGACCUGCGCAAACGAGGAUGUUAAAGGUUUGUGUAAGCAGAUUUCUUAUAUAUUUCCUUUUGGCUGGCAUUUUAUUGUCCUCACACUGGUUUCCGUUCGACAUUAUGGAUAUCACAACAUUUAUAUGGUCGGAAAUACAUGACAGAUUGCAAAGAAGGCAGUUCGUUUCGAGAUAAGGAAGGAAUAACAUCGUGUCGAACACGAGCUUGCGUUCGGGACAGGCUACUACUGGAUCCUUUGGAUGCUGAAAUCACAUUGUUUCAGAUUUUUCACUUUCUCCGUAUAGAGCUGUAGUUCACUUUUGUUAUGUACUGGUAUUGUCAAUCGAUAACGUUUUUACUGGGUCUAAUUCCAAGGUUUGAGUGUUCUCGACCGUUUCGUAUGCACUCACUGAGACUUAAGAUUAUGCCAUAUAGGGACCUAAACUAACCUGUAAAAGGUAGAGCACAGGUGGUGGUAAUGCAGAAAGUAGAACUUUAUUCCACCUUCACAUAUUACUGGUUAAUCUAUUCCAGUUUCACCACAAAAAAUAUCAUAUCCAUAGGGAUUUUUGUAAACUAAACCUCAUGAAAUUCAUUUGCGCCUUCUCAGUUGUGUUGUUUGAAUGAUACUAAAUAAAAUACGGGUUAGUUAGAGUGUCUCUUGAUGAUUAGCAGUGUACUUAGGUUUUCACAAAGUAUAUGAAUUGUUCUCUAGAACUUCGAUCAAAUUCAGGAGAAGAAUUUCCUCAAUAUGAGGAUUUUGCAGGUCUCAAGGUACAAACUAAGGCCAUAUAUAACAAGCCUGUUUGGUAAGGGGACUGGUCAGUGUUAUGAACUGAUGUUCGUAUAUGAUAACUUAAUGGAUAGUUAUAAAACUGAACGGUAUUAAAUACGCGAGUGGUGGCUGGGUAACGCAGCAAGUCAUUGAUGAUCCGCUUGCACAAAAUAGUUACUUUAUAUGUAAUUUCUAGACAGGUUAGAAAACGUUUUGUAUCUCCCCGACGAUACACUGGGUUGUAUUCAAGGAACUUGUGUUUUGGAAUCAUUCUUGAGCUAAGAUUUGCUAUGUUUUGAGCAAGUCGUCGUGUUAAUCGGUUGUUUUUAUUGGCUGCAUGUUUUCAUUCUGAAGUUUAAUCCCAUCGUUUAAUAUGAUUCCACUAUAUUUCUUGCAUUUAGGAUUGUAAGGUCGUCAGGCAGUUGGAACAGAAUAUGGUUACUCAAAUAUUCAAUACUUUUUAUGAAACAGGUCUUAUCAGCAAGUAAGAAUUUAUCCUUAUGCUUCCACUAGAAAUUCUACGUGACGAUGUCGUUUGAUUUCCUUUUGGUCGUACAGUCAACCUGAAAUUCAAUUGCCUGGACACUGAGUAACUGGUUGAAAUUUCACUCCACAUAGUUACGUUUCGGAAGCCGAAUACUGUUGCUAACUUUUGCAAAAUAAGUGUGGAUCAUUGAUUAUCAGAAAAAAAUACUUGGCUACAAAGUCGUUUCAUCAUUCGUAUACAUCGAGAUACGAGUCUAAGUUGAUCGGUAUUGGAAUCGUAGAUAGUUGAAUGACGCAUUUAUCAAUAAAAAAUUUCAUGGCUAGCAGCUUCAUUAGAGUUUGGAUUGAUGCCAGACGCAUAGCAUCUCAUAUUGUAUGAACUUUCAUCUCUCUAUAUAGUCUAAGUAUUCAACUUAACUGCAGCAUUCCACUAAACAGUUACUGGUAGAGUUUAAAGACAGCAUUAUACUGUCUGUAUUUGCAUGUACAUAAAAACAUCUUUUGUCCAGUAAAAUACCUAUUACCUGUGUAGCUGAAAAUACUACCUGAUGUUUUUUGUCUGAAUGAUAAUUCUUAGCGUAAGAUUCGUCGUUAGUCUUUCAAUACAAAGACUAACAUGAAGUGCUACACGGAUGCGGUCGUUCUACAGAAUUAAUAGUUAAAAACCUAGUUAUUUGUAAUUUGAGGUAUGUCCUGUAACACAGGUAUACCAGUGUUUACUCAAAGCCAAAAAAAGAACCAACUCCUGAUAAGCUACAUCGUAUAUCAUAUUAAGGAUAAAGCAGACUUUAGAAUCCAAAAUAAAUUCAUCUGUCUUACGAGUUCUGUUAUUUCGAAAAUGUAAGUGUGUCAGAUGUGUGGGUGUUGGUGAAAAUGGAUAGUCAAGACACUUGCAUGAUUAUUAGUUAGGCAUACUACUGAGAACCGUAUAUGACCACUGAAAAUCUCGUGGGGAUUUAGCUACAUUCACUUUUUUUUUUACUCCAAAGCUGACAUAUUAUAUUGUAUUUCUGCCCACUGUUCUCAUUGCACUUACAUGGUUUUUUUUAUGAUUUAGGGGUUUUCCGCAUAUGUUUAUUGUCAUUUUAUUUCAAAAUGUGAUUAGUUGGAUUACUACACUUAUUUACUGCACCCUACUUUGAUCUGUCUGCUAUACAGUUUCUAAACCUGAUUUUAUAUCAAAAUUCACUUUUAGUACAAUUGUUAUUUAUAAUUCUUUUUAUCAUAGUAUUCCAACAAAUCACUUGUUUAUGCUUCCGGGACAUAACUUUGUCCGUGUUCUAUUUGAGAAUGAAUACAUUGACGGGAAAUCUAAUCAUGUUACAUCGUGUAAAGAUAUGGCUCAGCAGUAUUUUGAAUUUAUCCUGAAAAAUGUCCAUCAUAUUUCAAAUAUGUCUACCGAUAAAAUUCCUAGUGCUUUUGGAUCUUCCUCCACUUUAUUGUCCUCGCCGUUAAAUCCGGCAACCGAACGUUGUAGUUCAAAUCACUUAUCGUCACCACCAUCACCAUGGAGUUUCCCUGCGCCUGAUCAACCUACACAGCAUAAUCUUUACUCCUUUCUGCAUUUACACGUGGAAAGCAUGCUUGAUCAAGCGGCUAAUCGAAACUCUUCUUAUGGCCAAACUACUCUGGCUUAUGAAUUGCCGACGUGUAAAGCAUGGUUUAUGGCCUGCUACCGAAUCUACACAAGUCUAAUGUCAAAUGAACCCUUAACCACAAUACCACCCUCUGAAGUGAAUACUGGUCAAAGUGAUUUAGCUACUUGUGCAGGUGGAGGAGGUGCAGCAAUAGCAGGAGUUAAUUUAUCGCAAACGUGGCAUAAUGUACUGACUUCUGUCGUAUGUCCUACACUACCCACAUCGACAUUAUCUGUAGCUCAGAAACAAACAUCACAGAAAUCUGUUAUUGAAGAAGAGGAAGACCUAUUAGCCUCAAGUUAUAGCAAUCCUUGGUCAGUUACAGAUCCAAUUAAUCGUUUAUCCGUUGUUCGCUACCGAGCUGCAAUAUCUGCAGCUGAAACCCAUUACAAACAGGACUUGCCUGUUUAUUAUUCAUGUACUUAUCACAUGAUCAAGAUUGUAUCCGCUUAUAAUGUAGCGAUUAGUCUAGCGCGUGGUCAUUCGGUAUUUCGCCUGCUGGAAAAAUUAUCAAGUCGACUAACCCAUCUGUAUUUAGCUGGACGUGUGACAUGUUCAGCUCUCUCUUUAACUGGUCAACCGUGCCAACAUGAAUUGCAUCGUGUACCGGAUGAUGUAAACACUUUACAAGCUAUUCUGUUAGCAUUAGAAGAAAAGAGUAAAGAGAACUUAAUAAAUUUGGAUGCUGAAGAAAACUUGGUUCUUCAUCACCAGUAUCGCUCGAGUUCUAUUGCCAACCAGUUGCAUGGAAUUGAUCUGAAAGUCAAAGAUGAUUAUAUUAUUCCUUCUGGUCUCAAUGGAAAAUGGAAGCGUUAUUGGAUAGAAUGUGCUAUCAAAGACUCUGUUAGUUGUUCAUCGAAUAAAAAAUCAAAUGAGCAGCAAAAAAAGGACGAUUCAAGUUUAAACAAUCCAGAUCAACACUUGGCUGUUAUGACCCAUCGUUCUGAUGCAAUAAUGAUAAGUUCAUGUGGUUGUGGUCGUCAACAAGCUGAGAGAUCGGAUCCAUUUGAUUACAAAGAAGCGAAUUGGCGAUUUUAUCACAUCUUAUCUAAUGUUUGUUGUAAUAAGUUAACAAGUAUUCUAUUAUCACCACAAAUUUUAUCCGAUCCAAAUCAUACAUUCUGUUUACCGAACGAAGUGGAUAAAGAGCAUCAUUUACCAUUUGCAUUAUCAGCCGAUAACAACAAUGCUAAUACAAAGAACGAGAAAAAAAUAUCUAUUUUAACAAAACGUAAAGAAGUAUCAUCACCACCUGUUAGUCGAGAACACAAGUUAAGUGAAAUUAACUCAAGUGGUGAUAACAAUGAUGAUAAUGCAGGUCUUUCACAGCCUGAAGACAAUGAUUUGUUAUUGUUGUCAGCUGAUUCCGAUUCAAGUGAAGUGGUGGACAGGAAGUCAAGUGAUUCAGAAGACUCUAGAAAUAAUGCAUACAUGGAUGCUGUUACUAAUUUAUCUGGUAGUGACGUGUCACCGAAUGAUACUUAUGCCUCGGACCCACUUUCACAAAAAGUCAAGGUACAGAGAACGAUUAAAAAGGCUGAUGUUCAAGAUCAAAAGGCAGAAUCUUUUCAUCACUCAGCUGUAGAAUCGAAAGAUAAUUUAACUUUUGAUACAUAUGAUCCAGUCAAAAUAGAAACUGUUGAUUCUGUUGACCCAGUAUCAUUACAUCCGGUUGUGUUUCGUGAUGGUGUACCAAAUACCAACUGGUUUGUCGGUGAUUUACCACGUUAUCCAUCAUGGUCAAUCCAUGCACUUGGGAAAUAUUUUAGUUAUUCUCAUUCUUCGGGAUUACCUUGCCGAGGAUUUAUACGCAACAGCAAUUUCUUACUACCUUGGGAUGUAUCUCUGAUGAGCAAUACUAGGAACCGACGUUUCAAUAAAUCUGCAAAAGGAAGGCAUCGUGGAGGCAAACCAGACUCAGACACAGUGAAAUUAUUUAUCGGCUUUGAAAUGGAAUGUUCUAUGGGUCAUCGAUUCUUCCUAACUGGUACCGAUCGAGUUAUGGAUGGACCUAUGCAAAGCAGUCAAGUUCGACGAGCUGUUCAUUCACUGUUAACACGUGACCUACCCGUUUUCAUGCCCUGCCAGUGUCAUCAUCCAGUUUCACAUAUACUUGGGAAUACACGGCAAUCCACUGGUGAGUGGGAUAUGGGAAGCAGUAAUACAACAGUAAACUUGUCUGGUUAUGCAAACAACCAGAUGGUUAUGGCACAAUUAUCACGAAUCUACCUAGCUAUACCAGCUGCUCCAAUUCGCGUGCGUGUUCAACCAUGUGUGCGACCUGGUCCACCUAAAGUUACGCCAAUAUUUCAUCUUGGUCACACAUUGGAUCAGUGCUGUGACAAAACAUUGGAUUGUUCUAUGGAUUCUGAGUAUGAGCAGAAUUAUGGGGUGGAUGAUGACUGCUAUUUCUAUGAAGAUAGUGUUAAAUCUUGCGUAAAACUACUUCCUGAUAUGCAUCACGGUGAGAAAUACCAGACACCAGGUUAUGUCACCUUAGAUAAUGGAUAUUUGUGGGUUAUCCGAUUACCUUUUGUCUACCACGAUGGAAAUAAACUCUACCCCAAACCAGUUUAUCCUGAUGAUCUUAACGAAUGGAAACUACUUAGAGGUUGUAUACAACUAGUAGUAUGAACAUAAUAUGCCUUAAAAAUCACUUCUUGCAAUGUGUAAAUAUACUUUUUAACGACAAAAAUAAACUCUCUACUCUAAUU